UGAUAAACAGUUAGUCACUUUCCAUUUCGAAUGUGAUUAUGGUGGGCAAUCGAGUCAGUAAGCAGUCCCCAUAUACGCCAUCGAGACAAAAAAUCAAUCCCUAUGCCAGGCAUGCACUUAAGAAGAAAGCAGGAGAGCCCGUUGAAUCUGAGAGUCUUGGUUCGCCCACUCGUAGCUCAGUGCACAAAUUGUUUGGUGCCAACAGUCCCGCUGCUUGCAUAUUUAAAACUCCAGUAAAAACUGAUAGUCGAGUUAAAGUUGCGCACUCGAGUCUUACGCCUUCCCGUAUCGAGUCGGUGAAGAAAAGCCCAGCUGCGCUUGGAUUCAUAAGCAAUGACAGAGGAUCAGUGCGAUCUAAUUUAUUUGGCAACUGUGGAUCCAAAUUUAGUAGUAAGGGUUCGGAGUUUAGUCUGACCGGCAAUGUAGUAGUAAAUUCUUCCACUCUCGCAACAACCCCUGCGACAGCAAACGACGAUGACUGGAAUGAGUACGAUGAUGUAGUCCCAGCAGACAGUCCCUUUGUGCCAUACUAUCUGCGCAACUUUCUUUACGUUUUGCAGGCAGUACUGGGCGGCACAGCGCACGCACAUCUGUUCUCCUCCGAUGACCGACUGGUUUUCGAGCAUUUCACCGAAGCCAUGAGCUCGGAAGCGCAGAAGUUGUAUGUGCGAGUGUUCCAGCGCAAGAAUGGAUGGAUCCGGAUCGAUAAGCUGUCGUAUAAAGACAUCGACACACCCAUACCUACAGUGUGCGAAGAGCUUUGUUCCUUGCAGUUCUUUAGUCACUCGGAACAAGGCCUUGGAGAUCUCGAGCGAGCUCUGGACCUCUUGACUGUCCCGGAAUUAAAAGCGGUACUUAAGAAAAGGGACAUCCGUCAUCGCAAAGCAACCAGCGGACUGCCGGUGCGCGCACGAUGUGUGGAUGCGCUAUUGCAUCAUGCAAGGAGCACGCGUAGCCUAUUUCAUGUGGCCGAUCAGACAGGCACUGUGCUGCAAUGGGUCAAGGACGCGUGUUCGGGCGGGUGUGUGCGUCUGAAUGCUUCGCACAAAGAUGUGAUCGACAGAGUGUUUACGCUCUUCUUUGUGCACAACAACGGGCCGUUGGAGCCCAAUCCACUCACCGCUCUGUUGCUGACAGACAAAUCCAAUCUGAUGUAUCAUUACUCGGCCAAAGGCGUGAACAGUCCGCAAUCUAAGCUCGCCGACACGGAGGGUACAAAGCAAAUAGCAAACACAUCACACGAUCCACUCUACGGUAUCAAACUCACCCCGCCCACGCUACACCCCAGUGUUAGUGUAGCCGAUCCCGGCGUAGAGAAUACCAACGGGGGCGCGCCUGGGGGCAGUAUAGGGCUGGACACGAGUGGCGGUGGCUUACAAGGCACGGGUGGUAGUAACUUGCGGGGCAUGGAGGAGUGGCGGAUAUUCCCAAUGAGAGACGCGUUCAUUGAGUACCACAACGCUUUGAUUGCCGAGCGCGAUGUGAAUGACUUAGUCGAGCACCAGAAACACAAUGAAGCGCUCCGGAUUGUGCGAAGGACUGCGAAGAAUCUAGGGAUAUCUACGCCCGCAAACCGCACGGCUAGCACCCUCAGUGCGUCGUCUAGCGCACCCAACACGUCGCAAAAUGUGCUCAAGACGUCGCAAAAUGUGCUGAAAUCAUCGCAAAAUGCACCCAACCCGUCGCAGGAGACGUGGACUAGUGAAUAUGACGAUCUGGUGGCGCAGGGAGUCAGCUAUCGACGCAUAUACACAGCACAGUGGGUCUAUGCCAGGAUCCUGGCGGUGGGUGUGGAGGUGAUGGAGAUGAAGAAGCUCUACGAGGAGAGUGUUCUGCUGCUGAGCUGGUUGCUGGGCCACGAACGCUACGAUGGAGUCUUCUGUGCAAAUGAGAGAAAGAAGACGCGGCUAGGUGCUGGCAGCAGGGGUCGUUGGUGGAACAGAUUGACUCUGAAUCUGUUACAGCACAUCAAGGAACCGGCGGCGUCUCUGCGAGCGUGUCUGGCAGGACUGCAAGACCCGUUCCUGCGCACGGGCCAUCGGCACGCAGUUGAGAAGCGGUUGCUUAGACUGCUGAAGAGCAAAGUUCACCAGGACGACAUUUCUGACGCCAUUCUGGAGGGUAUUCGACCGCACCACAAGCGCAGCGCACCACGCGUAGACGUGUCCCCGCGGUCUCAGGUGCGGCGACAGGUACGCUCGCAGAUCUUCACGCAGCCACACACUCCGGUGCGUCUACAAGCCCAGCCGCGCGCACAGAGUGUCAUAUAUACACCAGGCGGGGGCGAAAUGCGCUCACUGUGUUUGACAAGUAAAGACGUGGAAGGCCAACAAUCCCGUCCGCAAAGCCAGCGAAGUGCGGCUUCGGAGCCACUUUGUCGAAGGAGUGUGAGGAAAGGAGACCAGACAGAGGGCAAGCGGCGGUCGCAGACUCAGGACAGCAGUGAUGACGAUAUCGUCCACACACGGUACACCCCUGGACGAACGCAUGCACGAAGUGGGGGGAGGGUGAGAGGGGAUGCGAGUGUGAAUAAGGACAGGCGGGGGCGUAGUGUGGGAGGAGGUGAAGAAAGUACAGUCAGGGCGGUGAAAUACAUUGAUAUAGACUGUGAUAGUGUUAAUCCGGAAACAUUCGAUACCAGUGCAACUAACGCGCGUCUGGAGACGAACAACGCUGAACGUGCAUCGGCAACUGUCUGCAUAGAUAUCGAUAGCGAUUUAUCUGACGGAGCAUUCGCAUACGCCCCCACGGGGUUGGGUGGCGCACCAAGUAGGGCAAGCGGGACGGGCAGAUUAAGUACGAAUAUACAGACAGCCAAACUAAGUACGAAUCUACACAUAGACGAUGACAUAAUAUUGCUAGGCAGCACAGUCGGUGUACCGGCCAAAGCCCGAGGGCCGAGACGGGCAACAAGGAAUCGUCUGAGUCUCGCGAAGAGCAGACAGCACAACAACAACUAUUGGAAACCAAAACACCACACCGCAUCGCACCAAAGACUGAACGAUUCAUCGGCGCUUAGCGGCAUUACAGAGGCAGGGUCAAGCCAAGACGUAGCCACAGCUCCCGUUACAGACCUCGCCACUACGAACGGUCUAUGUAAUACUCCGCCACGUAGGUUGCCCCUACUAGACGGGGACACGGGUCAGUUAUACCCGAAUGGGGCAGGAUACAAUCUGCUUAGCCGCAGUACUCUGCGAGAGUCCAGGGAUGUGGCGCACCUCAACUGUCUGUCGUGUGGUGGUGACGCAGAUAACGAAUGUAUAGACGGACUUCAGGUGAGCCCAAAACCCGAGGGCGAGGUGCAGUCCGAGACGCUAUCCCCACCACACACCGGCGCGACGGCGUACACGGUGACAGCACGCUCAGGCAGUGAAGACACUCUGGGUGUUAUGGUAGUUGCGGGCUCGCCAAACUGCGGCACAGUAACUAAGGAGGAAUUGGUAGCGGAGCCGUUGCCUGGCAACCGCGAGUCUGCCGACAGCGACACAUCCGGACAGAACGAUUCUAUGGAUUUACCCACGGCUACUGGCAUCAAGGAUGAGCCAGUUAUAACCACACACGACGAGUUUAAGGAUUCGCCCAAGCGUGCCUGUAAGAAGGAGGAGCCGAAUAACAACCCGCACACUAAGACCAAUGACGAACCGAUCAAACGCACCCACAACGAGGUCAAGAACGAGUCAGUCGCAAGCACGCAUGACAAGCACGACCAAAGGGAGGACGCCCUGAUGCUGAACACGCACGGCGAGUUGAAGGUCUGUCCCAUUGCUACAUACAACAAGGAGGAGCCGAUGGCAGGCAUGACACGCACAGCUCUAUCUCCGCCUGACGCAGUCACGGGCGUCGAUGCGAAGCUUGUGCGAGCUACCGCUGCCGAUAAGAACGCAAGCAGCACCACACCCCCACGCCCUGUCACAGACGAUACACCGCUAACUGUGAGUUGUGAGUCAUCGAGUUGCGAAGAUUCGUCAAUGGGCACAACCACCGUACCUACUUCGCCCCAGGCGACACGCGCGUCACACGGGAGUGGCGCCGUACUGAGUGAUCCUACGAUACCCGCGCCUAUCCACACCGAUGCGGUGGUGUGUACUCGCCAGACGUCGCCACCGACAGGUGCGGCAAGGGCCACGACUGUGGAGGUGAAGCGAAGUCCGUCUGGACUAGCCAUGGCACUACUACAACAACCGCCGUCUGUAUCACACAUGAACACGCCAUCCCACACGAAAGUGCUGGCGCAACACGAAAGCGCUGCCGCUGCGCAACUGCCGCCGUCGCAGAUACUGCUGCACACGCUACCUACACUGCCAGACGAGACGCUCACAGAUGGGGAGGCUGUGGCGCUGUACAAGGCUAUGCUGGUGACGUCGCUGAGACGAGAGCCUCUGUGCCCCCCGCCAGUUGUGUUUGUAGACGGUCGGAAGUACUCCGAGGAGAUCACUGGAAGGAAAUCGGUUUACAUCAACCACUCUGUAGAUGCGGAUGGCGGCGCCAGCUCUACGAGAUUCUACAGCGUAGAAGACUAUGCCUUAGAGGUCCUCACAGCGUCAGUGGAGCAGCAUAACGACAUCUUCAACCGCGCAUCGGAUACGCACAAUGGGAGUGCGAAACACAGCAGGUCGCCAUUCAAGCCUAAGCCUGGCACCUAUGUCCGCAAACGGUUCAGGCAUUCUCCCGAACGGCCGGUGAAUGAGACGUCUCCCGAUAGCCCCAAACAAAGCCGUGGCUGGAAGGGCGUGCAUGCCGAGGGGUCUGUCGUGUCGUCGCUGUUUGCGCUGCUGAUGUGGGACUGUAUCUUCUUGGACAUCCCUGGUGUAUUCGUCACUGAGUUCCAGAUCGCGCCGCUGGACAUGUUUAGCGACGACUUCUAUAUCACGCGCCGGGUGGAGAUCGAGGACCGGCUGAUCCAGAUUGCUUCCCGUACGCCCGGGCAGAUAUAUGAUAUGGUCCACAAGAGCUGGUACGAUCACUAUGGGGUGUUGGUGGUCGGCAUGCAGUGGGACAGAGAGCAUCUGACGGUCGAAACUCUCAGUGGCAUCGCAAUGUGUUUGGGAGGUCCCAUUCUUAGCAGUAUAUGCCGUAUCUUGGCUAUGGAUCUGCGGGGACGGCGGGGUGGCUUACCCGACCUGACAUUGUGGAAUGAAGACCUACUGGCGUGCAAGAUGGUGGAGGUGAAAUCACCUAACGACCGCAUGUCAGAGAAACAAGAGGUGUGGGCAGACAUGCUAAUGAGUGUGGGUGUGCAGUACUACUUGUGCUGCGUCACGAAUACAAAUUCUCGCACUUUGCCUGGCUCUGUUGCUAAGAAGAGAAAAAUUGACGAGACUGAAGAAGAGAAGCCCGUGAAGGCUGUGAAUAUUCAAAAGAUGUCGAAAAAGAGGCGGAAGAAAUAAACGCACACUAUAGGAACUGAAUAAAUAGAACAAGUAUCGAAG